UUCUUUGAUUUUAUGCUCGUUAAGGGUCCUAAAUGCAUGAAUGUGAGAUAUGCAGGGUCAGUGUGUAUGAAAAUGAUGUGUAUCUAACAAUGCUGACCUAGUAAGUUUUGUGUGAAAGUGAUACACAUCUCGGUAUAAAAAAGGAAUUGCAAUCCAAAACUAGGUUUUAGGUCUCACUUCAACCAUGAUAGUCAUGCUUGCAUGUAUAUACAUUUUUCGAUCCCAACCCAGCUGAGUGUACCCGCCUCAUCUCUCCCGUCCAGCGCUACCGCCGCCGUCGUAUUUAUUCUGUUCGUGCCGCCGCGGCCUCCGUCCAACGGUCGAAUGGCGGGUUCAACUGAAGGGUUGGGUUCUGCUUCUGCAACUGUGGAUGCAGUAGCCGAUUCUGCCCCAGGUUCUGAAGAAACUAUUAGCAAGAAUGCACGCAAGAAGGAAUUAAAGCUGAAGCAGAAGGAAGAGGAAAGGAGGCGUAAGGAGGAACUCAAGGAGAAAGCAAAACAGGAAGCAUCCCAGAGUAAGAAAUCUGUAGCAGUUGAUGAUGAAGAAAUGGAUCCCACGGAAGCAUCCCAGAGUAAGAAAUCUGUAGCAGUUGAUGAUGAAGAAAUGGAUCCCACGCAUUUUUUUGAAAAUAGGCUGAAAUAUCUUGCAUCUCAGAAGGCAGAUGGUAAAAAUCCAUAUCCUCACAAGUUUCAGGUUUCGAUGUCUCUCCUCGAGUAUAUUGAGAAAUAUGGAAUUUUAAACAAUGGUGAUCACCUUGAGGAAGUCUCGGAAUCUCUUGCUGGGAGGAUAAUGAGCAAACGAUCCUCCUCCUCGAGGUUGUUAUUUUAUGAUCUUCAUGGUUCUGGAGCUAAAAUCCAAGUUAUGGCUGAUGCACGUGUCUCAGAGCUCGAUGAAGCUGAAUUUGCGAUGUUUCAUGCCAGUGUGAAGCGUGGGGAUAUUGUUGGUGUCACUGGGUUUCCAGGAAAAACAAAAAGGGGAGAACUCAGUAUUUUUCCAAAAUCAUUCAUUGUCCUAUCUCACUGUCUGCAUAUGAUGCCAAGGCAGAAGGCGGGUCCUGGUUUUGAAAAUGCAAAUUUGAAGAAAAAUGACGCAUGGGUCCCAGGUUGUACCAGGAAUCCUGAAACCUAUACUUUAAAGGAUCAGGAAACUCGUUAUCGUCAACGAUAUCUGGAUUUGAUGUUAAAUUUGGAAGUGAGGCAAAUAUUCAAAACCAGAGCUAAAGUAAUCCAAUAUGUUAGGAAGUUUCUUGACGAUCUUGACUUCUUGGAGGUUGAGACACCAAUGAUGAACAUGAUUGCUGGAGGAGCAGCUGCCCGUCCAUUUGUGACCUUCCACAAUGAUCUCAACAUGAAAUUGUUUAUGCGCAUUGCACCUGAACUUUAUCUUAAGCAGUUAGUUGUUGGUGGAUUGGACCGUGUAUAUGAGAUAGGGAAACAAUUUAGAAACGAGGGUAUCGAUUUGACUCAUAAUCCCGAGUUCACCACCUGCGAGUUCUACAUGGCGUUUGCAGACUACUAUGAUUUGAUGGAACUCACCGAGAAAAUGCUAAGUGGAAUGGUGAAGGAACUUACAGGGGGCUAUAAAGUAAAAUACCAUUCAAAUGGGCUUGACAAUGACCCGAUUGAGAUUGACUUCACUCCCCCUUUUAGGAGGAUUGACAUGAUAGAGGAAUUGGAAAAAAUGGCAAAUCUUAAUAUACCCAAGAACUUGGCCAGUGAUGAAGCUAAUAAAUAUCUUAGAGAGGCGUGCCUGAAGUUUGAAAUCAAAUGUCCUCCACCUGAAACAACUGCUCGCUUGCUGGAUAAACUUGUGGGACAUUUCCUAGAAGAAACGUGCGUGAAUCCUGCUUUCAUCAUCAAUCAUCCCGAGAUUAUGAGUCCUUUGGCAAAGUGGCAUAGAGCAAGACCUAGUCUAACUGAACGCUUUGAAUUGUUCAUCAACAAACAUGAAGUAUGUAAUGCGUACACUGAAUUGAAUGAUCCUGUUGUACAACGCCAGCGGUUUGUUGAACAACUCAAGGAUCGACAGUCGGGUGAUGAUGAAGCAAUGGCUUUGGAUGAAACAUUUUGUACGUCUCUUGAUUAUGGAUUGCCUCCUACUGGUGGCUGGGGAAUGGGCAUUGACCGGCUAGCUAUGUUGAUAACGGAUUCGCAGAACAUCAAGGAAGUUCUUCUCUUCCCAGCCAUGAAGCCUCAAGAUGAAUCAUCAGCUCCCAAAGCAUCGGCAGGAGUAUAGGGAUUACAACAUGAGGGAAAACCAAGAGAAUUCUCUGUAAGUCAUGGUGGAAGGCUCUGAACUGAACAUUAUCUCCAAGAUCUUCUCAACAUGCAUGCACAGUAAUAACUCCUCAUGUAUGGACAGAAUUCACCCUGAUAAGGCCGAGUGGUUUUUCUAUUUAGUAGUAGUCAUAAAAAAUUUAAUGAACACCAGAUAUUAACCAUGUAAAUUAGUCCAGUUCAGUCAUUCUUCAACACUGAAAAUCUCCUAGUUCUCUAGUUCAAUAUUUCACAAGAGGUUCAGGGUUCUAAAAAAAUGGUUGACUUGGAACAAACUGAAUCAACUGGGUUGGUUUGGUUAUUCCCGAAACAUUGACCAUCUCGGUUUGUUUCUUUAUUGAGAAAUAACACGUGGCUUGGACACGUGGAAUAUCUUA